AUGUCUAGAAGGAGAGACUUUGUUCAUCCAGACAUUACCACCGAGACCAUGGGGUUUUUGGGUCCAAACAUUGUAACUUCCUGGUCCCGCCAGCGCCGUAUUGUCGCCCCGGCUCUGAACGAACGCAUUAGCCCAGAAGUGUGGAGAGUGAGCGUAGAACAAGCAUCUUCCAUGGCAGACCUCUUACCCUCAGUCUCCCCACCUGAUGCUGCCAAAGGGCCCGCCCAGAUAGUUCUUGGUCUUCGCACGAUCGCGAUGAACGUCCUCGGUCGUAUUGCGUAUGGGCAUGACAAGCCAUUCGCUUUAUCCCAGCCGGCGACCAAACCAUCCGCAGACAUCUCAUACGUUGAUGCUAUUUCUUUAGUCACCGACAAGCUCAUCUACGCUGCAUUUCUUCCUGCCAGCUUUCUGGGCUUGCCCUUCAUGCCGCAGGUAUCACAGCGAUUAGGUACAGCACUGAAGCGAUUGCCAGGGUUAACACAACACAUGCUCAAUCAGGAGCGCCAGAACAGUGUUUCUACAUCGCCGCAUGCUACGCAGACGACCGAGAGUCCAAAUAACAGUCGAGGCACCAUCAUGGAAGAACUUGUCCGCCUCUCAGACCAGGAGAAGAUACGGACAGACGCGUCAACGCCAGAGUCGGUGGACAAGGUUACCAAGAAGUUUCUCACCGAGGAAGAAAUCGCAGGAAACCUCUUCAUCUUCACCGCUGCUGGCUUUGACACAACCGCAAACACAAUGUCCUACGCCGUCGCGCUGCUCGCAGUGUAUCCGGAGUGGCAAGCCUGGAUUCAGACCGAGAUCGAUACUGUGCUUGGAGAACCUGACAUGUCGCCAAUAGACUAUGCAAGUGCAUUCCCGAAACUUGUUCGCUGUUUAGCUGUUAUGCUCGAGACCCUGCGCCUCUACCCGCCCGUAACUCUCCUCAUGCGAUCCAUAACCACGAGUCAGAACCUUGCCUUCGCAGACACGUCGUUUCAGAUCGCGGCUCCAUCCACCAUCUACGUCAACACAACGGCAUUGCAUACUUCACGCUCAACAUGGGGUUCUGAUGCCCUGUCCUUCAACCCCGCACGCUGGCUACAACCCGACACACCAGAGCCCACGCUCAUCACACCUGCGCAAGGAACCUUUAUGCCGUGGUCUGUCGGUCCGCGUAAACACGCACGCCGAGAUCGUGAACGCCUGGGUCGCGAUGAGGGUGGCUUUUCCUUUCUUGGUGCGAAGAUUCGGUCGCGUCAACACACCGACCACAUCGUCAACCAACGCAACAUAUGCCGUAAGAUUGAGAAUACGAUCGGCAAGAAGAACGACUUGUUGCAACAUGGGUGUAUCGAAGGAUACGAAGAAGCGGACGAGCCAACUACCAAGUAUCCACGUCAGGGCGACCAGAAAUUCCGAACGCCUUUGUCUUGUACCCACUGGACGUUCCCCAAUCAAUUGGUCGGCGCCAUAGCUGCCAAGUAUGUCUACUAA